AUGUCAGACAUGGAAGUCAAUCGCAAGAGCACGAAGAACGCGUCAUGUCAAUGGACUUUUGAAUCUUGUGACUCCGAGUCGGACGUGACCGUGACUCGGCUUUUCGCUGAACCGCCAUGGCUCGACGAGACCGUUCUCUUUCACCAGACUCCAGCAACAAGAGGCCAGAGGCAGCCAGCUGGACGAUCUCGCUACGAAGACGAUAGAGCAAGAGACCGCUACAAUGACCGAUAUAGAGACGACCGCCGCCGUGACCACAGGGACUACGAUAGAAGAGAUGACCGCCGACGUUCUCGCUCUCGUGACAGGAGGGACAGGUCAAGAGAUAGGUCAAGAGAACGCAGACCAUCUCCUCCCCCUCGACAAACGACAACUACAACUACAACUUCCACUCCCACCCCCGCACCACCUCCAGAGGACGACAAGAUCAGAGCUAGACGUGAGAAGCUAGAGGCAUGGAAAAAGGAACGAGAGUCGAAGAAGGCUUUGGACGAGGCAAAAGCGAAAGCAAAAGCUAUGGCGUUGGCUGGGAAAUCCGCACCGCCAGACGUCGCUUCUGCACAACCCACCGGUCAACUCAACAGGGCCGCUUUGAAUGGUCUGGGGCUGAAAGGACUGCCGCUCAAACCAGAAGUCAAGGCCAAGUUAAAAGUCAGCGCCUCCAUGGACGACUCGGUUGAGACCAAGCGGAAACUCGAAAUGCUCGGUGAUAUGCCUGCAAUUGACAUGACUAUGGCCGAAGGUGAAGCUAGUGUUGGCGAUUUGGAGAAUGACGACGAUGACGAGGAGGCCAAUAGGAUGGACCAAGCAUCGAAGGCAAAGGCUAAAGAAGCUAUGGACGUUGACGAGGAAGACGAACUCGACCCGUUGGAUGCUUUUAUGAGCGGCGUCAAGGCCGCAGUCAAGCAGGUUGAUCUCGAGGACAUGCAAAAAGCACCUGGCACCCAGGGACGCUCGAAAAUUAGACUGGACGACAGAAUGGCGGAGGAUGAUGCAGUAAAUAUGGAAAUUGUGCCUGAUGAAUUGGACACCACAGAGCUCAAUCCAGAGGACAUCCUUGCUUUAGCUGCAAAAAAGGCCAAAAAAAAGGAAAUUGCCACUGUCGAUCAUUCUCGCGUCAAAUACGAAGCUUUCCGCAAGGAGUUCUAUGUUCCGCCUCCUGACGUCGCAGCCAUGACCGACGAAGAGGCAGACCUUCUUCGACUGGAGUUGGAUAGCAUUAAAAUCCGUGGGAUUGACUGUCCACGACCAGUCACGAAAUGGAGUCAUUAUGGGCUGCCGGCCAGCUGUCUUGAUGUCAUUAAGAGGCUCAAUUACGCAGCUCCAACCUCAAUUCAGGCGCAGGCUGUUCCCGCAAUUAUGUCUGGCAGAGAUGUCAUUGGCGUGGCCAAGACUGGGUCGGGGAAAACUAUCGCUUUCUUGCUACCUCUUUUCCGCCAUAUCAAGGAUCAGCGCCCAUUGGAGCAAAUGGAGGGACCUAUGGCCAUCGUGAUGACGCCUACUCGCGAACUUGCUGUGCAAAUCCAUCGAGAAUGCAAACCGUUUUUGAAGGUCUUGAACUUGCGGGCUGUCUGUGCUUAUGGGGGGUCUCCAAUCAAGGACCAGAUUGCUGAACUGAAAAAAGGAGCCGAAAUCGUCGUUUGCACUCCUGGUCGGAUGAUUGACUUGCUCACCGCCAAUUCGGGACGCGUCACCAAUCUCAAGCGUGUGACCUAUGUCGUUCUGGACGAAGCUGACCGAAUGUUCGAUAUGGGUUUUGAGCCCCAGGUCAUGAAAAUCAUCAACAACAUCCGUCCAGAUCGCCAAACUGUCUUGUUCUCAGCUACUUUCCCAAAACAGAUGGAUGCCCUCGCUCGCAAGAUUCUGCAGAAGCCGCUUGAAAUCACCGUCGGUGGAAGGUCGGUGGUGGCAGCCGAAAUCGAGCAAAUCGUUGAAAUUCGCGACGACGAGUCUAAAUUCAAUCGCCUUCUUGAAAUUCUUGGUCAGAUGUAUAACGAGGACCCCGAAUGCCGCACUCUCGUCUUCGUUGACCGACAAGAAGCUGCCGAUAACCUUCUCCGUGACUUGAUGCGUAAAGGCUACCUCUGCAUGUCUCUCCAUGGUGGCAAGGACCAGGUCGACCGUGAUUCCACCAUUGCGGACUUCAAGUCAGGGGUAGUGCCCAUCGUCAUUGCAACCUCGGUUGCUGCGCGAGGAUUGGACGUCAAGCAAUUGAGAUUAGUCAUCAACUACGAUGCGCCGAACCACAUGGAAGACUACGUUCAUCGUGCUGGUCGGACGGGUCGAGCGGGCAAUAAAGGAACGUGUGUCACGUUUGUUACGCCAGACCAAGAUCGCUAUUCCGUCGACAUUUACCGUGCUCUCAAAGCCAGCAAUGCUCCUGUGCCCAAGGAGCUCGAGGAAAUGGCGAACACUUUCCUCGAGAAGCUCAAGACGGGCAAAGUGCAAGCUUCGGGGUCUGGUUUUGGUGGUAAAGGAUUGGAUCGGUUGGACCAGGAGCGAGACAACAAGGCAAGAGCGGAGCGUAAAGCAUAUGGAGAGGAGGCAACGGUGCCAGAAGAAAAGGUGUCGGCAGCGGAGGAGUCAACAGCCAAGGCUACCGCCUCCAGUGCGGACGAUAUGACAUUUGGCACAUUCAAGGUGGAAAUCAAGCGCGGCCCCGCGCCAGACUCGUCCAAGAAUUUGGCCGGCGUUUCGUCCGCUAUUGCUGCUGCUCGCCGCCUUAUUCAAGCCAAGGAGGAAGAGCGUCUACAAGCUCAACUCAAAGUCGCCGAGGAAGCAGCCGCACGUGCUGGGAAAGAUACUCCUGCCCAUAAACAGGCACUCAGCGUGCUUGCUAAGCUCAAUGCCCAAAUGCGUGCCUCCAAGCUGCAAUUACAGACUGCUCUCCAGUCGGACGACAUUAGUGGCCGGAAGGGCAACCCGGACGCCAGCGACUUCCAUGCUAUCAUUCCAAUCAACGACUACCCUCAGAAAGCCAGAUGGCGUGUUACUAAUAAGGAGACGAUGGUACAGCUUAUUGACAUGACUGGAGCCUCGGUCACUAACAAGGGAAUCUACUAUGACCCUGGCAAAGAGCCCCCGAUGGAUGGGCCUCCCAAACUCCAUCUGCUUGUCGAAUCCAACGAGGAGUACCGUGUGGAACAAGCCGUGAGAGAAAUCAAGCGGCUGCUCAUCGAAGCUUCUGCGGCUGCUAUCCAAGCGGAAGCUCGCAAUCCAACUGCGACGUCAGGCAGAUACAGCGUCUUGUGA